AUGGAGGCGAACGGCAUCGGCCAGCCAAAACCAAACCACGACACUGCACCGUCAACGCAAUCGAAAGGCUCCGCGCAUCCGAGACUGCACAACGCCGUGACACCACCUGUGUCACGAGAGACCGAGCGCCCGCUCGUCGAACCACCAGACCGCCGAAUCAGCAGAAGGUGGAACAGAGCAAGGCAGCGACAGGGGUUGCAAAAGAUCCGUCGGAGGUCGAGAGCAGAGGAGGAAACCUUGCCGCCCCCGACCUGGAUCUGGCUGGGAAGAGAGGAAGUGGCAAGCCAGCGGCCUGGCCCCGCGCCCCACACCGCUCGUGCGGCCGCAGACGGCGCGACCACCACAUCGACGCAAGGGACCGAAGCCCCCGACGCCACAGCCGCCCGCUGGCCCAGAUCCAGCGCGCCGGCCAGAUCCGCAGCAGAGGGAAACGCGCGCGCGCCACCCCCAAGCGCCGGCGAGCAGGCCUCGCGACACCUCGACGCCACCCUGCUCCCCACGCGCGCCCCGCGCCCCACGACUUCGAGCCCGGCAGAGCUCACCACCAAGACGACCGCGGCCACCCAGCCACCCGACCACCACGCGUCCGCCGCGGAUCUCCCCGAGCCACCUUCGGAGGCAGGGGGCCGCCGCCACCGCGGCCAGGCCAGCGGCAGCAACGGAGGAGAGGAGGCGUGGGAGAGGGGGCCGCCGGCGACUGGCGAAGUUCCCCCCGAGUCGCCCGAGCGGAGCGACGCGGGGCACGAAAACAUGUCGGGGGCAAGCAAAAAAGGCAUACAGGAUGCCCCCCCUGCAUUGGAUUCUGUUGAUGGCGCAUCUCAUGCAACUGAAGCCCGUAGGAUGGAGGCUCAAAGCAGUGAACCGUUAGUUGGGUACAAGCGCCAGAGGAGUAAGGCAAUUAUCUGCCGAGGGAAGCGCCCUGAUGAUAUUGUGAGCAAUGAGAGUCUUCCCGGAGAUGCUGAAAAUGUGAGUGACAAAAGCGGUGGUGUGGAUAAGCCACCAAAUCCAAAGCGGCAGAAAACCGGAGGAAACGAGGGUCGUAGGAAUAGGGCAUCGCCUGCAAGGCUGUUCAAAUUGAAUAAAGAGUUGGUUUCUAAUCAAAAAGGUGUUAUUAUUGGAAAAGAGUUUGGAGGCCUGCUGGACCUUGCAGCGAACAGCAUGCCUGGCGAUCUUAGUCAAUGGAUAAUGAAGCAUUAUGAUCCAGAGAUGUCACAGAUAGUUAUUCCAGAGAGGGGGAAGAUUCCAGUAGAUGCUGCGAGUGUUCGGAGGAUAUGGGGUUUGCCAAAUAGGGGGAGAAAAGUCUGUUACGAAAACCGCCCUGAGAUCACAAAGGCAAUGUUCAGGAUUUACAAUAUUACUUCAAAGAAUUCACCAUCUCUCAAAGCAUGGUGCAAGAUGAUCAAAGAUAUGGCAGGAGCUCACGAUGACGACUUCCUACGCGCAUGGUUGUCUCUUGUCUUCUCUUGCUUCCUUGCACCAUCUACAAGUUUAAGCAUUUCACCAAAAAGCUUCCCUGCGGUCAUGGAUGUAAAUGGAAUAACUGAAACCAACAUAUGCCAGUUUGUGGUUGAUCAACUAAAGCUAGCAUUCAAAUCAGGUCGUGCCAAGAAGGCCGUUUGUUGCUGUGUUUUCCACCUCGUAUUGCUGUAUCUAGACUCUUUGGAUGUUGAUGAACCAAUUCCCAGCUUGGUACCAAGAGUUUCAGUUUGGAGUUCAGAUUUGAUGGCAAGAGUUAUCAAGAAGGACAGGAAAGCUCCCGGGGAAUAUGGGAAACUGCGGCUGAAGACUGAGUUCUCACGGUGUGCGGAUGAUAGCUUGUUUGGUAGCAUGGACCACGUCACAAAAUUUGUAGCAGCAAGAUUACCUGAGUCAUAUGACCAAAAUAAACAAAAGAAGCUGACACGUAUGGUGCACGAAAUGUGUUCAACUAUUUCACAUGCAGUUGGGAAGCUUGUUUCUGGUAUUGGGGGGAUAGAUGAUGCGCAAGAGGGGACAAGCAGAUCAGAGGCUGUUCAUGUGGAAAAGAGGAGGCAAGAACCUACUAGGAGAUCCAAACAAGCUCUAGCUGUGAGAGAAAGCUUAUCGAGUGAAGAAGACUCGUUCAAAACUGACAGUGAGGAAGAUGCAAGUGGCAGUGACGAAAGUGACUGGGACAGAGGGGGUGAUGAAAGUGACAACGACGACCACUCAAGCAAUGAUGAUGGUGACGACUUUGUAGUUCAAAAAGCUGGAUGCAACAACAACGAGGAGGGAGAAGCAACUUUUCAGGAGAGGGGAGCAGUAAUGGAUGAAAGCAAGGAGGAUAAGGAGGACGAAGAGGAGGAGGAAGAAAAAAAAGAUGAGGAUGAAGAAAAGGAAGACGAUGAUGAUGAAGAAAGCGAAGACAAUGACAACGACAAUGACAAAGACACGGGGGACGAUGAUAUGCAGGGUGAUGAGGAAGACCAGGAUGACAACAAUUCUGGUGGCAACAGUGGCAAUGGCGGAAACAAUGGAGGGAACGAGGAUUCUGCAGGUGAGGAAACAGAGACUGAUGACGAGCAAUCCACACUUCAAUAUUUACUCGAAAAGAAAAAGGAUAUGAAGCCAAAGGGGCUUGACGAGGCAGUUAGCAUCUCUGUGAGAGAUGUUGUUAUGAUGGACGAGGAAAGUUACUGCAAAAUGCCACGCAUCCGCAUGUUUGAAGUGAAAGAAAUGUUGGAUCUCGACGAGCAGCCUAUUGCAGUGCUAGCGAGCAAAAUUUUCCAAGAGCUAUUGAGAAAAGAAGAAAUGGAACUGGGGAUGGCAUUCAAUCUUGAGGAUGUCUGCCCCAAGUGGAUUCGCAAGAAAAUCAUGAGGGAGAUAGGGGCUCCACAUGAACCCAAGGAAGUUGGUGUACCACCACUUCCAACACCAAAGAAGAAAAAGAGUGUGAGUUUCAUAUCAGAGCCAACGGUGUUGACAGAGACAGUGGAGGAACUGCGAGCUAUGCGUGCCCAAAAUGUUCAAGAACUGCAAGGUGGAAAGGAAACAAAGUCAGCCAUGAAGAAAUCUGGGCCUUUUCAGUUGCAACAUCAGGCAUUACAUCAUGCAAAAGAGGCAAGUUCUAGCACUCACAAGAACCAGCUUGAAACCAAUACAUCAUCAAGCUCAACAACACGACAUGCAGAUCUCACCAGUGACAAAGAUACAAAUGUUGCAGUUUCACCAGGGACUGUUUCAAAACAAGAACCAAGUGCCUCACAAAUUCUAGCAAGUCAUCCUAGGGAGGAAGCAAGUUCAUCUGAUUUUCAGGCAAGUCAGGAGAACAUACCUCCAGUGUCAAUCACAGGGGUUGGAGGGAUGGAAGAUGUCAUCGGCGGCAACAUUAAACCAAGUUCGGAAGCAAAGUUGCUAAAAGUUCAGGGCAAGUUGCCUGCUUUUAUUCCUACAGUUGCCCAAUCACCUCCCCAUCCGCAGCUGAAGGAUACCAAAUUUAGUUAUGCUAACAAGGCGGUCAGUCCAAUGGAAAUAAAUGUGCUAGAUGUUAGUGAGCUCUUGGCAAGGUGCAUUCCCCCAUCUACCAACGAUCUGCUAAGCAAGUCAGCAAUUCAUAUUCCAGCAGAGAUGGAUGGACAACAGUUUCAGCAUAGCAGAAGUGAAAGCUCAAAUGUCUUUGUUAGUGAAUACUGCCCAGCUCCAAGUUUUGAUAUUUUCAAAUACGAUUUUCCUACAGCACAUGUAGAUGAUGGAGCAGAUCGAGAUGCCAGAGAAAAUGCAUUGGCUGACCAUGAGUCAUCGCAGUGCCAAGUAACCAAGGAGCCAGUCAUUGAAAUUAUUGAAGAUGAAAAAGUUGGUAAUCUCGAAGGCAUAGAUGAAGGGUAUGCACAUGCAGAAGAACAGGCUAUGAAGUGUGAGCAUGAGUCCCUGCAGUAUCAAGUACCCAAGGAGCCACUCAUUGAAAUAAUUGAUGACGAUCAUGUUGUGGAUCUUGAAGGCAUAGUUGGGAACAUUUACCAGACACCUGAAAAAGUUACCCACAACCAAGUAGUAGUGGGAUCAGGCAGUAAUAUUUAUAGCAGCAGCAGCUCAGGAAAGAUGGUCCCACAACAAUUUGAGAGAAGGAUUAUCAAGCCACCUCCUUGCAAGAGGUCACCAUUCUUGGACUAUAAUGAGAGGAAAGUGUACAUAUGCAAACCUGAAGUAAGCAGGCUGUAUGCAUCGGUUAUUCUGCACGGGAGAUUGAAUGAAGAAGAAUCACCAGAUGUAGAUACUAGCCCGAAGGUAAUUGACUACAAUGGAUAUGAUGUGUCGGUGAGGGAGCUUGCAAACUCUAUGAAAAAGGAAGGAUAUGUCUUGACACAUGUAAUGGAAAUUGGCAUACUGUCCAUAAUGAUGAAUUUGCAUGCAGACUCCAAGAAGGUUGUCAUGCCCCUGAGGUUCUCGACAAGGAUGCUGCAGAUGACUUUCCUCUCCAAUGAUAUCAACAACCAAGAGAUUAUUUCCCGAUUCAAGAAAUCAAAUCACCUGGACCGGAAAGACAUGAUAAUGUUUAUUGUGUUAGAGAAUAUCGACAAGUCAAAGAAGGUUUCAGGCAACCAUUAUUGGGUCUUCAACGUGAAUAUAAGGGAUCGAAGGUUCGAGGUGCUUGAUUCAUGGAGGACACUUCAGGACAAGACUCUAGAUGUCUGCGCAAGGACUAUGGUUGCUAGUUUUCGGGCUCUGUGGGAAGAGCACUAUCCGAAGUCUCAUAUCUCAUUAGAUGACUUCACACUAAGAAACAUUGAUGUGCCAAAACAAACUAACAAAUAUGACUGCGGCAUUUUUGCUCUCUCAAUUGCAAAUGGGUGGGAAGGAAGGAACGUUCCAAGUUUUACAGCAGAGGAUGUUCAAAGUAUCAGGAAGCAGUUGACAAACACGUGGGUUAACACCAAGCGCAACAAGGCUCCAUGGGAAGCUGUAUUGAAGUUAGCUUAG